AUGAACGGAAUUACUUUGCUUUUUCUCUGCGCUCUUCUGACGGAUUUAGUUCGUGUUGGAGAUGCCACGGAUCCCUUCUUCGGGAGCCACCGCAGCGACGCGGCGCUGCACCGGAUGCGCGGUCUCCCGCAGCCGGCUGGCAGCGGUCGCGGCAACAGGCUGCCGCUGUACAUGAUGCAGCUGUACCGCACGCUGCGGGCCGAGCAUGUGACCACCAAGGCCCUGGCGAUGGGCCCCGCGUCGGGGGUCCGGCACGACGACAACCCCGGCCUGCACCAGGCGGACGCUGUGAUCAACCUCGUCGCCAAAGCUUGCCAGCAGAGAGGAGAGAGAUGGUCAGUGACCUUCGACCUGUCCUCCAUCACCGACAGCGAGGACGUCCAGCGCUCGGAGCUGCGCCUCCGCCUGCCCGCCUUCUCCCAGUCCCCCCGGGCCACCGUGGCCCUCUACCACUCCUCCCUGCGGGGGGGCGGCACCGCCGUGCUCCUGGGCCGUCUUAGGGCCCGCCCCGCCUCCAUGACCUCCACCUCCUCCUGGAAGGUGUUCAACAUGACGGAGCUGCUCGUCCGCUGGGAGGUGGAGGGGAGGGUGGAGCACGCGCCCGCCCACCAGGUGAUGUUGGUGGUGUUCUCCAAGCAGAGCCCCGGCUCCGGGGGCCGGCGAGGGAACACGCUGAUCCACACAGCCGAGCAGUCCAAGUACGUGAGCCUGGAGAGGGAGCGAAGCCCCCACAGCAGUGGGUCGGGCCACCGAGCCAAGAGGCACCAGCCCCAGCACAACCAUCACCACCACCAUCACCACAAGCAGGAGCACAAAGGUCAGGUGCACCAGGCUGUGGCCUACCCCGCGCCCCCCGCUCCAGCUCCAGCUGUGGAGGAGAAGCCCGGCCAGCUGUGCCGGAAGGUGGACAUGUGGGUGGACUUCGGUCGGAUCGGCUGGAGCGAGUGGAUCGUGUACCCCAAGGGGUACAACGCGUACCGCUGCGAGGGCGCCUGUCCCAGCCCCCUGGACGAGACGUACACGCCGACCAACCACGCCUACAUGCAGAGUCUCCUGAAGCUCCAUCACCCGAAGAAGGCCCCGUGUCCGUCCUGCGUGCCCACGCGCCUGGCGCCGCUCUCCAUGCUCUACUACGAGAACGGCAAGAUGGUGAUGAGGCACCACGAGGACAUGGUGGUGGAGCAGUGCGGAUGCCACUGAUUCAGAGAUUUCAUUGGACAUUUUUUGCUGUGAGAGACACUGCCCCUUGUAGGAUCUAAAAAAACUGCAAAAAUGGCGAUCGACGCUACGCACAGACCUCCCUUUGGCACUUAAUUUUGGACGGCAACGAUCGGUGAGAAAAUUA